AUGGCUAAAAAAGAAACUCUUCUUAAUCUGCAUGCUAAAAGUGAAGAAGCAGCAUUUGAAACUACUGCUCGUGUAUUCCUAACAGCCUACUACAUUGCUAAAACAAAUCGACCCCUCAGUGACCACAAGAGCCUCAUUGACCUACAGCAGAUCAACGGAAUUGAAAUGGGGCAUUUGUUGCAUAGUAGAACAGUUUGUGUAGACAUAAUCAAUCAUAUAGCCACUGAAAUGAAAAAGAGAAUUGUCAACAAAAUCAUCGACAAUAAGGCAAAAAGGACAGUACUUGUCGAUGAAUCGGCUACUCCCCCUGGAAACUCGACUCUCAUCAUUUUUUUGAAAGCAAGAGCCAAGGAAAACUACACCACGGUGUCUGAGUUCACCCUGGUAGGGUUUGAAGGCCAUCCCGAACUGCAAGUCUUCCUCUCUGUCCUCUUCUUGGUUCUGUACACUGUCACCCUGCUGGGGAAUGCCGGCAUGAUCAUCAUCAUCAGCUCUGACUCCAGGCUCCACACCUCCAAGUACUUCUUCCUGAAGAACUUGUCCUUCCUGGACCUCUGCUACUCCUCCGUCAUUGCCCCCAAAGCCCGGCUGUGCUUCUCAACGGGGUGCAGAGCCAUCUCCUACAAUGGAUGUGCUGCCCAAAUGUUCUUCUUCUCUCUCUUUGGGACCACCGAGAUAUUCAUCCUGGCAGUGAUGGCUUACGACCGCUUUGCCACCAUCUGCAACCUGCUGCGCUAUCCAAUCACAAUGUCUAAGAGGACUUGUGUUUGCCUGGUGGUGGGCUUCUAUCUCUCAGGUUGCCUGAACUGCAGGAUCCAGAGAGGCUUUACAUUUAGCUUGUCCUUCUGCAGGCCAGGGAAAAUAGAUCACUUCUUCUGUGACAUCCCCGCAGUGAUGCAAGCCUCCUGCUCUGACACCUUUGCCAGCGAAAUGGCAAUGCUGGCCAUGUGCGGGUUCAUCAUAGUGAGCACUGGCCUGGUCAUCCUUAUCUUCUAUGGUUUCGUCAUCACCACUGUCAUGAGGAUACCCACCUCUGAGGGAAGACACAGAGCCUUCUCUACUUGUGCCACCCACCUGGUGACUGUGAGCUUGUUCUAUGGAACAAUCUUCUUUAUGUAUGCCCAGCCCAGGGCCAUCCUCCCCAGGCAAAGCAAAGUGGUCUCUGUGUUCUACACCAUUGUCAACCCCAUGCUGAACCCUUUGAUCUACAGCCUGAGGAACAAGGGGGUGAAAGAGGCUCUGAGAAAACAACAAACAAAGAAAGGCUUUUUCCACUGA